UGAAAUAAACAUUGGGCAUCGUCGAAAUGCAAAAAGCGGCCUACUACGACGGUUCGGCAAUUUACAGUGGUUACCCUUAUCAGUGUACAAAUGGCUUGGGUUAUGAUGCCAGUCAGCAACAAUAUCUUCCGUCCCUUCAUGUAGAAAGUGACUACCAUCAACCGGCCUGUUCUUUGCAGUCCCCUGUUAGCUCUGACACGCUAAGCAAACCCAGCAAGAUCACUGAAGACAGAUUACAGAACAUCGAAUUUCAAGCAACCCCGGCAUCCAACGUUAAACUCCCUGUACCGUCCCCUGGUGCCCCCCAAAACGCAAGCGAUGGACAGGGUGCAAAAAAAACAGGGCACAAAUCUCCACCUUCUGCUACUCGCAAGGCCAUCUUUCCUUGGAUGAAGGAAUCGCGUCAAAACACAAAACAGAAAUGCAGUAGCACAAAUUCAGCAGAUAGCUGUUCUGGAGACAAAAGCCCGUCCAGCUCCAGCUCUUCAGCAUCUAAGCGCGCGCGCACCGCCUACACCAGCGCACAGCUCGUCGAACUGGAAAAGGAGUUUCAUUUUAACCGCUAUCUCUGCCGCCCGCGACGGGUGGAAAUGGCCAGUCUGCUAAAUCUAACCGAGCGUCAGAUCAAAAUUUGGUUCCAGAACCGACGAAUGAAGUACAAGAAGGAUCAGAAGGGACUCGGGAUGAUGCCAUCUCCUGGGGAACUGUCUCCAAAUAGUCCGGUUCAACCGACUUCCUGUGCUAUGGCCAGUGGAGGCGGAGGAUAUUUAAGCUCAGUGCAUUCUUUUGGUAACAACGUGCCGUACGACGCAUCCUCCCCAACAGCUUAUAACAAAGCUCAGUCAAACGCCUAUAGCCUUCCUACGUCAUAUCCGCCAUCCCUAAAUGGUUCUCUGAGCAAUUGCUCGCCUACCCAGAGGGCGUAUCCGGGGACAGGCUCUGCUACGCCUGAGUACGACACGCUCCAUUUUCAAGGAAACAGUAACUACGGAACGCAUGCGCACGGUACUGCUGUAUAUGUCGAUGGCAAUGGAAGCUAUAUGGAUAGCAUAGGAAACACUGGAAGUUCAGUUUAUCGCCUUUCGCAACUGCCGCAACAUUCACAUGGCAAUGCAGACUACAAAGGGGCCAUAAGCAUGGGUAACAGCCAUCAUCAUGGAACAAUGGAGCAGACACAAUGCACAUACUCAGACCACUACUCUCAGGGAAGAAUUCAAGAAGCGCCUAAACUGACUCACCUGUAACAUAAUAUCAUAAUUAUUAUCCCCUACUUUUUUAUUCAUUGACACAAUCGUUUAACAACCACGUGUAUCUGUCGGAUCUGAUAAAUUUGUUAAGUAAGUGGUUAAGUCAUUUUUUUUAAAGAUGUAAAAAAAGAUCUGCCGCUUUUAUAGCAUGCAAGGGCACAUAUAAGACAACAGGGUAUGGCAAAUACAUUUUGCGUCCGUUUUGAAUGUGAAUUGAAAGUUCUGUCAGACUACAUAAUAGAAAUCAAGAAUUGUUCUUUUUAAUUGUAUCUUCUUGUAAUUGCAUUUUCUUGCACUUAAGGGAGAGGAACCCACGAACUGGACUUUACCCUGACAUAACAACUCAAAAUCACAACGCGCAGGACUUUCAACCUUAUUUAUUUUACCUCAGCAGACUAUGAAUUUUUAGUAUUAAGGAUGAAUAAAGAUUAUCAUUGUUUUCUAGUUACGUGUACACUGAAUAACAACUUACCAACUGACUUUAUAGAUGUCAAUUAUUUUAUGGGGAUGGAUAGCUGGAUAGCAUCACAAUCAUACAUCAUUA